UUUCAGCUCAUAUUAAUUAUUUAAUUUAAACCCCAAUAUGCUGUGGGUAGACAGCUAAAAGUCUGCAUUUUCAGCUCAUAUUAAUUAUUUAAUUUAAACCCCAAUAUGCUGUGGGUAGACAGCUAAAAUAAUAAUCACUUGGUUAAUGUUCAAAUAUUUAUGGACCUUGACUGCAGCUAUGAUUGGUUUGAUUUCCUAAAUAUUUAAAUUAAUAUUAACUUCUUAUUUUUUUAUGUCUGUUUGGCUUAAUUUCAGUUUGUACAUUAUUUUCCAAGAUUACUGCAAGAGAGGGUUUUUAAAAAGAUUGUUCAGCUAUUGACUUUCACAUGGAAUACAAAUCAUUAGUGAUGGGUUGCUGCAAACAAGUAUUUGAUACCCAACACACAAGAAAAGCUGGUUUUAAACAACCUGCUUUGGUGUUGGAGUUGUCCUUACCCUCUCUGAGGCCAGUGUUCACGUGACCCCCUUUAAGUUGAAAAGAUCGGACCUUACAGGGUGACCGUACCAGAGUUUGGGGUUCAAUUCCAUUGAAAUUCCAGUCAGUUUGCGAUUACACUAAAAUUGCAAUCCAUUUCUCUUCAAUAGUUCAACGAGGAACAUUUGGAAUUGACAUUUGCUUUACUUUCUAAAUCGGUAGGAUUUUCUACGGAAUGGACCCUAACUCUGGACUGUACCUAUGUAAUAUGUUCUGAGGAACUUUUGUACCAACAUUUCCCAAGAUAUAUUGGGAAAUGUUUAAAAUAUUUAAUGCGUCUUAGAAAUGCACACAGUGGUUUCAAAUGUUUUUUUUGUCGGGAUUACUCUAACAACAUACUGUACUUUGUGACGCCGUGAGAAUGUUUGUACACAUCUCACACCUCAUUGAUGUUAUUGCAUCAUAUUUUCUAUACACAAUAUAUAUAACAUUCGAUUUAGCAGCAAUAGGACUAGAUAAUGAAACAUGAAUGAAAACGCCACACCAGACGGUACUGUAGGGUUUUUUGGUCCACGCUACCUACUGUACUUAGUGGGCGGGGCGACUGUUGUAGUCUUUUAGACAUGUCAACAACAUGUCGGAGUCCAGAAGUGAGGCAGAGACAGACGAGAAAGGAGAAACACCGUCUAAAAAUAUAAUUUCAGUAAUUUCUCAGUUCGCUGACGAUAAUUUAACCAUUGUCCGGAACAUCAGUACUGGACUAGCAAUUGCCGGGGUAAUAGUAAUAUCAAGGAGUAUUAAAUUGAUCACUAGGUUUGGAUUAGCCUCCGAGAUCCCAGCGAGGUUCAUAGAGAAGAAUGUGAGCCUCAGAGGGAGAGUCCAGACCAUCACAGAGACGGGACUGGAGGUGGAGCACAUCCCCAUCUACAUCCCUGUCCUCUCCCCCCUGUUGGCUAAAGGUGGUGGUCGUGUGUAUCCACUGGCUGUGCGCCUGGCGGGGGUGGAGCUGACCCCAGAGGGGAGGGUGUGGCUGGAGCAGCACCUGAGCCCGGCCCAGACGGUGUGGCUCAAACUGGUCAGCAGAGAGGAGGAGACACUGCAAUGUCUGGUGUCUGUUAGCCGGGGGUCAUUGAGGAGUCUGUGUCUGAACGAGGAGGUGUUGAGGUUGGGUCUGGCACGCACUGUCCCAGUCUCUGGACUCCACCCUCAGUCCCACCUUUACCUGCGGCUCCACCAACGGCUGCUCAAGGCAGAGGUCAAGGCCGAGCGGAAGGGGCGAGGCAUGUGGAAAGAGGAUAGCCUAUGGGAGAGGACCUCACAGGCUGUUUGGGACAACUCACUGGUCAGACUCAUCAGGAGGAUCUUCAAGUGGACGUGAUUGGUUGGUUGACUGACUGACUGACUGACUGACUGACUGCUUGACUGACUGGCUGACUGAUUACUUGACUGACUGAUUACUUGACUGACUGACUGAUUACUUGACUGACUGAUUGCCUGACUGAC